UUCCCCAUUUCCCACUCGCUCUCGAAAUCAAAAACCCUCGCCAAUCCAUUCCUCGGAUUAAACAAAGAGAGAUGACCGCUGAGAUACUCCCCAACCAGAACGGCUCCGUCGUUUACAACGGAGAUCUGAAUAAGUCUAACUCUAACCCUAACCCCAUCUCUAACCCUUCCGCCGCCUCCAAGAAGUCCCGCGAGAGCGAACGACGUCGUAGAAGGCGCAAGCAGAAGAAGAAUAAGAGUAAGAAUACCUCCCACCAAGAAAAUGACGCCGCAGACGGUCCCGUUUCCGAAGCCGGUGACAGCGACGCUGCCGAAGAUGGAAAGAAGAAUUCCGAUCAGCAGCAGGUAAUGGAAGAAGUUCAGGUAGAGUACGUUCCUGAAAAAGCUGAGUUAGAUGAUGGCAUUGAUGAGGAAUUUAGGAAGGUUUUUGAAAAAUUCAGCUUCUGGGAAGCUGCUGGUUCUGAGGAGACUGACAAGAAGGACGAGUCUACUCAAGAUGCUGAUGCAAAGAAGGGGGCUGAUUCUGAUUCAGGAGAGGAGGAGCAGGAUAAUCCACAGAAAGAGAAAGGUGGCCUAUCAAAUAAGAAGAAGAAGCUGCAAAGGCGGAUGAAAAUUGCUGAGUUAAAACAGAUUUGCUCAAGGCCUGAUGUUGUAGAAGUUUGGGAUGCAACUGCUGCUGAUCCCAAGUUGCUGGUGUUUUUGAAGGCAUAUCGAAACACUGUUCCUGUGCCAAGGCACUGGUCUCAGAAAAGGAAAUAUUUGCAGGGGAAGCGCGGUAUUGAGAAGCAACCUUUUCAGCUUCCUGACUUCAUUGCUGCAACAGGGAUUGAAAAAAUUAGACAGGCUUACAUUGAAAAAGAGGACAGUAAGAAGUUGAAGCAAAAGCAACGUGAGCGAAUGCAGCCAAAGAUGGGGAAAAUGGAUAUCGACUAUCAGGUUCUUCAUGAUGCAUUCUUUAAAUAUCAGACAAAGCCAAAGCUGACAACUCAUGGAGAUCUCUAUUAUGAAGGGAAGGAAUUUGAGGUAAAGUUGAGGGAGAUGAAGCCAGGCUCUUUAUCACAUGAGUUAAAAGAAGCUCUUGGUAUGCCAGAGGGUGCUCCACCCCCAUGGCUUAUCAAUAUGCAGAGGUAUGGUCCUCCGCCAUCAUACCCACACUUGAAAAUACCAGGGCUAAAUGCACCUAUUCCUCCUGGAGCAAGCUUUGGUUAUCACCCUGGUGGUUGGGGCAAACCUCCAGUAGAUGAGUAUGGACGGCCUUUGUAUGGAGAUGUAUUUGGAGUUCAUCAGCAAGAACAACCUAACUAUGAGGAGGAGCCUGUUGAUAAGUCUAAGCAUUGGGGUGAUUUGGAGGAAGAGGAGGAGGAGGAAGAAGAAGAAGAAGAGGAAGAGGAAGAGCAGAUUGAAGAAGAGGAGUUGGAGGAUGGAAUCCAAUCUGUCGAUAGCCUUUCAAGUACCCCCACUGGAGUUGAGACACCUGAUGUUAUUGACCUUCGUAAACAGCAGAGAAAGGAGCCUGAGAGGCCUCUUUACCAAGUGCUUGAAGAAAAAGAAGAGAGGAUUGCUCCUGGGACUUUACUUGGCACAACUCACACAUAUGUGGUUAACACUGGCACCCAAGACAAGUCAGCAGCCAAAAGGGUUGAUCUUCUGAAGGGUCAAAAAUCUGACAGGGUGGAAGUCAGUUUACAGCCAGAGGAGUUGGAAGUUAUGGACAAUGUGUUGCCUGCAAAGUAUGAAGAAGCUAGGGAGGAGGAGAAGCUACGCAGUCAGCGUGAGGACUUUAGUGAUAUGGUGGCUGAGAAUGAGAAGAAAAGGAAGCGAAAGAUGCAGGAGAAAGAGGGAAAAUCGAAGAAAAAGGAUUUCAAAUUUUGAGCACGCAAGAUUCUGUUGGUGGUGUCAACAUGAAGAAGCAGCUGACUUACCAUUUUCCGUGGAGAAUGAGGUCCUUUUUAACGUUUGUGCUGGAUGUGUUGUACUUGAUCCGAUUUCCCGUAUUAACUUGUAUGCUGUAUAACUAAUAUAUAAAGAUAUAUGCCAAUCUGUCAUGAUGAUACAUAUGAUUUCCCCUGGCACUGCUUCCUACGCUUUUUGACGACUGGGAGUUUUGCCGACCGAUUCUCCUAUGUUAUAUAACUUGUCGAAGCCUCAAAAGGUGUUGGGUUGCAUUUGUAUCUGUAGAAUGAGUGCCUAGUACUGUUAUUUUCCCAUUGAUUCGACAUACUCGUUACAAUAGAGGUGGAAAUUAGUUAUAA